UUCCCAAGGUGAAAGAAGCAGCUGCCUUCGGCCCUCUCCUGGCACAGAGGAAAGUUCCGGUAUCGAGACCAGAGCAAGAAGUUGAUUGCAGCUUCAGUCGAGGGGUCUGCGACUGGAAACAAGAUGCUGAUGAUGACUUUGACUGGAAUCCUGCUGAUCGAGAUAGAGGCGAUGGGUACUACAUGGCAGUUCCAGCUUUUGUGGGGCACAAGAAGGAUAUGGGGCGUCUAAAACUUCUCCUCACCAACCUCAAACCAAAGAGCAGCUACUGCUUGAUUUUCAGUUAUCGGGUUGCUGGCGAGAGAGUGGGGAAGCUUCGAGUGUUCCUGGCAAAUAAAAAACAUGCUCCUGUCUGGGAGCAGAACAAAGGGAAAGAUGAAAGGUGGAGAACUGGAAAAAUAGAGAUAUUUCAGGGGGCUGAAACAACCAACAGUGUCACUUUUGAAUCAGAACGUGGGAAGGGCAAAACUGGAGAAAUUGGAGUGGACAAUGUUAUACUGAUUUCUGGUCUAUGCCCAGAAGAUACCUGACAACAGAUAUAUGAGUAUACUGGAUUUAAUCCUGGUUUUAAUAUUUGCCUUACUAAUAGUGUAUUUUUGUAUCAUUUUCUUUAUAAAAACCCAAAAACUGUAAAAACUGUGCCUUGGACUUAAUGCAGCAAUGAAAACAAAAAACCUGACGUGCAAGAUGCAGAGUACACUUUUUUAUGAGUUAUUCUAAUACAUGCUUUGAGUGUAGCACUAUUGUAUUUUAUAAUUCAAGGUCAGGGUUUCUAAAGUAUUAUUUGUCUAGCUUUUUUACAAAUUCUACAUGCUUUUAUUCCUUAAAGUUCUUUUCAAGGCUAUUCUUAAGUCUUCCAUUUC